AUGUCAGUCCGGAGUCGGCAGACCGAGGGAAUACCGAGCAGUUCGAUUUUUCAGAACGUCGUGAGACAUGCCUGUUUCAUCAGCUGCUUUCAGUAUUGCCAGGGCAGCCCCACUGGCAGCGAGAAGUGGAUUUCUUUCUGUCUUCUGAGCUUCCUGAGUGCAUACGUACCCAUUGCAGAAGCACAACUACAGUCUCAACUUGAAUUACUUCAGUUCUUACGUGAUCACAAGCUGCAUAGUGCCCAUGGAAAGUAUUACACACCUGGAUAUGCAGAUGUCUCUACCUGUACAAAUGAAACACUGCUGUGUUAUAUUUUGGAGAUGCAGGUUAUGAUGUAUGAGGAGGAUGCCAAAUCCGAACAUUUACUUGACCUAAUGAAACUUCACAUUCAAGAGAACAGCUUAUCCAUGAGGCAGUGCUUACCUUGUGAAGCCUAUGAAGAAACCGACUCUACAACGUUUGUGGAGAGCUUUCGCACAUUUGUACAAAGACUGUUAAAUGAAGCUUCAUGAAACCAAGGAUGAUGAUGAGAUUUUUUGAUAUAUUGUGAUGGUGUUAAAAUUAGAUGUGCAUUUUUACUACUUCUUUUUAAAUAAAUGUGAAUAUUUGUAUUUUGACUAAAGCUGUGCAUAACAUGUGCAGAUUACUGAAUACACCUAUACAGACAAUCCUUUGCAGUAUCCCCUUUGGUAUUCUAACUAUUCCUCACUUUCUAUUUCGUGACACCUGUUAAACAUCACAGCUUCUUUAAUACACCCUUUUUAUCAGUUGCCUUGGCAGUAAAGGGAAUGUAUUCACUAGGCUCGCCUGUAAUUACCAUGGUAUGGUGACACACUCAUUAUUAAGUUAUUUUAUUUCUAGACCACCAUCUGCUAGAAAAUAAAUCAAUGUUUGGAUAUUAAUUUUGAUCAGUUAAACCCACCAAACAGUUUUUCCUCAUUUAAAAGCUAAUAAAACUUCUUAAGUACAGGCAGUGCCCAUUUUUACAAUACAAUGUAUGGGUGGAAGCGAUGCUGCCUCACUGACCGUCCUGAAUUUAACCAUAUAAUCAGAUUUUCUGCAGUGUUCUGCAUGGGGUUGUGUUUCUGAGUAUAGGAUAGAAAUCAGAUUUUUCAAAGAGGGGCUGGGUAAAUGUAGGAUCAUGUCAAAAAAUUUGCAACAUAUUAAUGUUUUAUAAACAUUUGUACAUUUAUACUUACUCAUAAAGUAUUAUAUAUAUGUUCAGUAUUGUGAAACACAGCAUGGCAUCCAGAAUUGACAAAAAAAGAGAAAUCAAGAAAGAUAUGACAGUCUUUGGACUAGCGUUUUUUUUUGUUUUUUUUUUUUUGGUUAUUUUUUACUACAGGGCAAUGAGGACAGUGCACACAAUCAGGAUAAAAUGAAUAAAUCUUGUUCAUCCUCCCCCCCUCAGAAGUGAAUGAAAACAUACUAAAUAAAGAAGGACCACACACACAUAGAGACCAAUGCUGCCUUGCGAGUUACUCUUGCUGUCGCUGCCCAUCACUGUACCGUCUUCGUGUCAUGAAACAGUGGCAUCAUUUUUAUAAGACUUUAAAAUGCGGAUCAUCUUAAAUUGCAUUGUCAAUUUAAGGCGCUGCUUGUAUAUCCGUGUUAUACUGCAAUCAUCAAGGCACUGACAUGGAGUGGCUUCUUUGGUAUUACCAUUGGUAUUUAAUUUACACCUUUCAAAUAUAAUGCUUGACAUAUAUUCAGAUCUGUUUUUUUACUAUCAAGGUUUACUCAUGCUCUUUAUAUGAUGUAAUGUUGAGAUCUCGGCUUUAGUUAUGUGAAAGAACAUUUCACAUCUCUCAGUGAAAUGCACUGAUAACACAUUUGCACGCUUCAUGUGGACGGUGCCACUUCAGUGCAGUAGCAUCCAGUGUAAUCUUUGAAAACGUUCCCAAGGAAGAUCUGCCUUCACACUUCAGCAGGAAACAUUUCCUGUUUCCUCAAGCAUAGGAGAAAGCAGAAUCCACCUUGUGAAUAUAUAUCCUGUCAGGCCUUGUGCAGAGAAAGUGUACUUCCUAAGACCAACUUGCAAGAACAGAGUGCUUGGGUGGGGCUACAAUGCUGCCAUGGUGUAUAAAUACAGUCAUUCCCCUGUCCAUGACAUACCAUUGAAAGAUUGGUAUCUGACUCCAUGACGUGGCUUGAGUUUGGAACAAUCACAUUCACCUUAAGUUCAUUUUCAGACAGUUGCCUUAGUAUAAAGAAAAGGGUAAAAUCUGUUUGUUUUCAAGCUUCCAAUAAAGGUGCAUGUCAUAUAAUCUUAAAGGAGUUUUUUUUUUUCUUUUAGAGAGCAGCACUGGGUAUAUUUUAAUCUUGACAGUUACUUUGGCUAAUUUUGGGAUUUAGAAUAGUUGCUUUCAGAGUAAAAGCUGAUAGUGUUUCAUUGCUGAAGUAUUCACACCAGGGGAGUAUAAUUUUCUUUUCUUUGUGAUUGCCUAUGAUUCACUUCCCAUUAUUUAUUCUGGGUUUAUCCAGGGUGUGAAAUACAGGGGCUCCUUGGUUGAAUCGCUCACCAAGUAUUCAUCGCUAACGA